AUGGAGGACAGUCUGGAGUCGGGAUGGGUGGCAGUUCGUCCAAAUGUGUUUGAAGAUAAAGAAAUACAUAAAUUCGCUUUUAUUGUGGCCUGGAAUGAGGUCGAAGGGAAAUUUGCCAUUACUUGCCACAACAGGACGGUGCAGAGAAGGAGCUUAAUAAAGGACUCAGAAUCUCACAUCAGGACCAAAGUGGAGAAAGGAUGCUCUAAGCUCCCAGCAGUCCUUGUGACGCCGUCUGACAGUGCAGUAGAGGGGGGUGACAGUCCUCUGAGCCUGGACUCAGACAGCCCUGUGCUGGAGCCGCUGGAGGACUGCAGCUGGGCAGGACUCUUCUCCUCCCACGACCUGCGCUCCGUGCACCAGCAGCUGUGCGCCGUCAGCUCGGUCCUGGAGCCCUGCCUCCCGCUGUUCCCCGAGGAGCCUGCGGGACUGUGGAGCCUGAUCUUCGGCCCUACACAGCUGUCCCACACGGAGAUGGAGGAGCUCUGCCUGAGUCUGCAGCGGUACCUCGGCCAUGCUCUGGACACGUGUGGCUGGAAGAUUCUGUCGCAGGUGCUGUUCACAGAAAACGAUGACACUGAUGAGUACUACGAGAGUUUGAGUGAACUCAAACAGUCUGGAUAUGAAGAGGCGUUACAUCGGGCCUCCAAGCAGCUGUCUGAGCAGCUGGAGAGGCAUGGGUGCGUGGACAGCAUGGUGGAUCUUCUGCAGUUGUAUGAUGAGGAGGACCAGGCCUUCUGCCGUUUACUGGAGUCCUCCACUCAGCUCUACCAGUACCUGCUGCAGCCGUUCAGAGACAUGAGGGAACUGGCCAUGCUGCGCAGACAGCAGAUCAAGAUUUCAUUGGGAAAUGAUUAUUUGGGGCCACGGAGAGUUGAAGCUCUAAAGAAGGAGGACCUUGAUUGGCAGAAGAAGGCUCAAGAGGCUGUCCUGAACAUCCAGAACUUCACUGUAAAAUAUUUUGAGAUCACAGCCAGGGCUCAGAAAGGUAUAUAUGAUCGAAUGAAGUUAGACCAGCAUAAAUUUGGUAAAUCCUCCUGGACAGCAGCAGUGGAACGUAUGGAGCGACUUCGAUAUUCCGUUGCUAAAGAAACGCUCCAGCUACAGAGAGCCAAAGAGAUUUCAUUAGAGCAGAGAAAACAUGCACUGAAAGAAGAGAUGCAAAGCCUUUGUAGAGGUGAGGAUGCUAUGGCCAUACUAGACCACAUGGAAAGGCAGUAUUAUGAACUCCAGCUCCAGUUGUAUGAUAUUCAGGCUGAGAUCCUGCAGUGUGAAGAGCUGCUCCUCACUGCUCAGCUGGAGAGCAUUCGGAGGCAGAUGGCAGAUCUUCAAGCGGAAGUAGUCUACUACGACACAUUUGAAAGUGCAGAUGACAUAAUAGAGGUUGACCAUGCAGAGAAGGAGGGGAUGAGAAGACUGCAGGACAAUGCUCGGCAGCUGGAGACCAGAAGGGGGCGCAUCAGUGCAAAACGCUCCUAUCUGAAAAACAAAAGGGAUAUCUGUUUGUUAAAUCACCAGGAGAAAGAGCAGGGACUUCCUUUUCCUUUAAAGAUCAAAAUGAAAGAAGUGGAAGAUGACGAGAAGAGAAACGUCAGAGUAAGUCAGGAAAGACAAAAAACUCUGGACAGAUUACGCACUUUUAAACAGAGGUAUCCAGGACAGGUGAUCCUGAAGUCUUCCCGGCUGCGCAGCUUUCACAGCAGGAGAAGAGAAAAGUGCCGGGGCAGUAAGGAUGAGGUGGAGCCAGUGUAUCAGAGCACCAGUGUGCAGACAGAGGCCACACUAACCACUCAGCCACUCUCCUCACUCACCACAUGUCUGCCACAUGUACCUGCACCCUGUUCUGUGGAUUCAUCCUGCUCUCCCUGCUCCCUGUCCUCUUUACUCGCAUCUCCCAUCUCUUCUCCUCCCCCACCACCCCCUCCUCCCCCACCUGCCACAGAAGAGAUCACUCCAUCGCCUAACCCCGGGCCAGGAGAGAAGACCACUUACAGUGACACCGAAGACUCUUCUCUAUCCCCCAUUGGCCCAUUUGUACCACGGUUCUUUGACAGUAGUCAGUUGGUCAGCGCAAAGAAAAAGCUCAGGAAAACAGAGGUUGAAACACAGACAAGAAGAGUAAGCUCACCAAUGGAUGAAGUGUUAGCAUCUUUAAAAAGAGGAAGCUUUCACCUAAAGAAGGUUGAUGAGCGAUCUAUUCCUGCGCUAAAGUCUGAUGAUGAUGAUGCAAACAGCAUUUUGGCUCAGAUUCGUAAAGGCGUCAAACUGAGGCGUGUCCCACAGAAAGACAGAGUGGUUCAGGGGGAGUUCUCUGCCCCUACAGAUCCUCUGACCAAAAGCAUCCAUGAUGCACUGCGGCGCAUCAAAGAGGCCUCACCAGAGUCGGACAGUGAUGAUGAAGGAUCAAUGGGGCCUGAAUGGGAGAACUAG